AUGGAUUUUUCCCAAGCUACAGUUUUUUCUCAAAAAUAUACUUUGAAAAUAGAGUUUAACGAUAAGAAAUCUAAUGAGGAACUUUUAGGAGAACAGAGUUCUCACUCUUUGACCGAGUGUACCGCCAUGUGUCAAGGCGAGUGUAGCUUCUAUGGAUUUCAUCCUCAGUUGAAGAAAUGUCGGACCCACAAGAAGGUUUUUACGUCGGGACUGUUUAAUGAGAGUGGCUGGAGAUACUACUCAUAUGACUCAAUUCCCUUUGAUUGUGAAGAUCUUCAUGAAAAUUCUGGCUCUAAUUCUGGCGUGUACGACAUUUACCCAUAUCGCACCAUUACCAUGCCUGUAACAGUGUACUGUGAUAUGAAGACAAUGGAAGGAGGGUGGACUGCAAUUCAAAAACGUGUAGACGGAUCCGUGAGUUUUGACAGAAGUUGGACGGAAUAUAAAAGUGGUUUUGGUGCCCCAGAACAGAAUUACUGGAUUGGAAAUGACGCCAUCCAUCUGUUAACAAAGGAGAAUAAGGCAUCCCUUUAUGUUUCCAUCACUCUACAGAAUGGUACAACGCUGUAUGAAAUGUACGACGGAUUCUCUGUCUCUAACGAAGCCGGAAAAUAUCAACUCUUUCUUUCAGGACCUGCCACGGGGACCUUAGGUGACAGUAUGUUAGAGACUAGUGGUUCUUAUGCUAAUUUGUCUGGCAUGUUCUUCACCACGAAAGACAGAGAUAAUGACAGAGCUAGUGGUAACUGUGCUGCUGACUACAAAGGAGGGUGGUGGUUUAACUCUUGUACCUUUACCUUUCUUAACGGUCCCUGUGACGGGUAG